AUGUGUAAGACAAUUCAAUUACAUGGAUUCCCGUCCAAUCUUUCUGCUGAACAGGUAAUGAAAUUUUUAGAGCAGCAUACUGGCUUUCAAACUGUUCUUGCUGCAAUCAUUGAGAAGCACAAAGAUUCUAUGACACAUGUUAAUGUUCAAUUCAUAGACAAAAAAAGUGUUGAAACAAUCUUAAACUUGGCUACUCAACAACACCUAUGUUACAAUGACACUGUUCUAAAUGCUGAAGUAACAAAAUUUGACAUUUUGUCAAAGCCAAGGAUCUUUGCUUAUUGCAUGGAUGGUGUUGGAGUGCACUUUGGAUGCCAAACAUCUAAGGAAAAACUUAGUGUACUUUGGGAACAUUCAAAUGCUUCUGUUAAAUUUGGAUCCAGAUUAGGAAAAAUGUAUAUCUUUAUUAGCUAUAUGUCUAAGGAUUAUAAGCUGCAGAUUAAUUCCGAGAGUAUAUCGCGGAUUGAGCUGCAUCAUUCGCAUUGUCGUACCAAGAAGCUUCUCCUUUUUCAGUUGCGCAGUGCUCCACGAAUCUAUGAAAAAUUUGUGUCCGAAAUCAAGUAUUUUAAGGAAGAUCAUGACAACCAUUGGACUAGAAGUGUAGAUUUCACCUCAUCAUGUUGCAUUGGACAAUCAUCAGUUUUAUGUUUUGAGCUUCCACAAAGUGCUGAGGUUCCGAAUUUUCGUCCCAACUAUCGAGAUUAUUAUAAGUUUGACAACACCUUUGAUCUUGAGAAACAACAUGGUUUCUCGUCGAAUUUGAGUUUUUUCCCUAUGGUGAUUCCACCAGAAGGAUUCAACUUGCCAUACAAAAUUCUGUUCAAAAUCAACUCAUUAGUCCAACAUGGUUGCCUUCCUUUGCAAGCAAUUGGCGCCGAUUUUUUUCGUAUGGUUGAUCCAGGAAGAAUAAAGUUUGAAUAUAUAGAAAGUGGUUUGAAUAAAUUACAUAUGAUGAAAGAAUGUUGCUAUGAACCUGUUCAAUGGUUGGAGGAACAAUAUCGAAGAUACUCGAAAAAUAGUUCACUUCUAUUAUCUAAUACCAUUUCACUAGAUAAUGGAUUGGUGUAUGUUUAUAGAGUACAAGUAACUCCGUCUAAAAUAUAUUUUUGUGGUCCCGAAGUUAAUCUUUCUAAUCGAGUUUUGCGCAACUAUCCUGAAGACACUGAUAACUUCCUUCGUGUUUCUUUUGUUGAUGAGAACAUGGAUAAACUCCGUUCGUCCGAUUUGUUGUCGCGUUUCUCUGGUAUAGAGAUGGACAAAGAAACAAAUGUUCAUCAAAGGGUACUGUCUACACUGAAAAACGGCCUAGAAAUCGGUGACAAGAAGUUUGAGUUUCUUGCUUUCUCGUCAAGUCAACUACGUGAUAACUCUGCGUGGAUGUUUGCCUCGAGAAAAGGACUAACUGCGCGUGAUAUAAGAAAAUGGAUGGGAGAUUUUCAUGAAAUUAGGAAUGUGGCGAAAUAUGCAGCAAGGCUAGGUCAAUCAUUCAGCUCAUCAAGAGAAACCGUGAGUGUUGGAAGACACGAAAUCGAAAUCAUUCCCGAUAUUGAAUUGACAAGAGGUGAAAUCAAAUAUUGUUUUUCUGAUGGAAUAGGGAAGAUAUCUUAUGUGUUGGCUCAAGAAGUUGCUAAAAAAUGCGGCUGCAACGAUCGCAUUAUUCCAUCUGCAUUUCAAAUCAGAUAUGGUGGAUACAAAGGUGUUGUCGCUAUUGAUCCUAACUCAUCAACCAAACUUUCCUUGAGAAAAAGCAUGUGCAAGUUUAAGUCAGAAAACACAAAACUUGAUGUCUUGUCAUGGAGUAAACCCAAACCAUGCUUUCUUAACCGACAAGUAAUCAUUCUCUUGUCAACCCUCGGUGUCAAGGACCGAGUCUUCAAAAGGAUGCAAAGGGAGAUUGUUAAUAAACUCAAAAUGAUAUCAAGAAAGCCAUUCAAUGCACUAGAAAUGAUGUCACAAGGAGAGAUUACAACGAUGUUAAGAGAAAUGCUUAUUUGUGGCUUCCAUCCAAGAAAUGAACCUUUUCUUUCCAUGAUUUUGAGAACAAUAUAUGCAUCAAAGUUACAAGAAUUGCAGCUCAAAACAAGGAUAUUUGUUAGGAAAGGAAGAUCAAUGUUAGGAUGUUUGGAUGAAACAAGGAGACUAAAAUAUGGAGAGGUCUUUGUGCAGAUAUCUCUUCCAAGAAGUAAGCAAUCAAAUGUUAGUUCUAACACCAUUGGAGCCAAAAAUGGUAAAUAUAUUGUUAAGGGGAAGGUAGUUGUAGCCAAGAAUCCAUGUCUUCAUCCAGGAGAUAUAAGGAUUUUGAGAGCAAUUGAUGUACCUUCUUUACAUCAUAUGGUUGAUUGUGUAGUUUUUCCACAGAAGGGGAGAAGACCACAUCCUAAUGAGUGUUCAGGUAGUGACUUGGAUGGAGAUAUCUACUUUGUCUGUUGGGACCCUGCUCUUAUUCCUCCUCAUCAGGAAAAUCCAAUGGAUCAUGCACCAUCCAAACUCAUGAGUAUGGAUCAUGAUGUCACAUUACAGGAUAUAGAGGAGCAUUUCACUCACUACAUUGUGAAAGACACCUUAGGAAUCAUUGCAAGUGCACACACUGUGUUUGCUGAUAAAGAAUCUGAAAAGGCGAUGAGUCAUUCUUGCAUAGAGCUUGCAAAACUACACUCGGUCGCGGUUGAUUUUGCAAAAUCCGGUGUCCCGGCCGAAAUACCACAACAUCUACAAGUACAAGAGUAUCCAGAUUUCAUGGAAAGGCAAAACAAACCUUUUUAUCAAUCAAACAGCAUAAUCGGAAAGCUUUACCGCGAAGUAAAGAGCGUCGCACAACAAAAAAGCCACAAGAAAUCCUUCACUAAAAAAGCAGCAAAGAAGCUAUAUGAUCAUGACAUGAAAAUUGAUGGUUUUGAAAAGUACUUAAAGAUUGCUUUUGAGUACAAACACAUGUAUGAUUCUAAGCUCUUGAACUUAAUGGAUUACUAUGGCAUAGAAACAGAAGCUGAAAUAAUUAGUGGAAACAUUUUGAAGAUGUCAAAAUCUUUCAAUGACAGAAAAGAUAAAGAAGGAAUAAACCAUGGUGUGAUGUCAUUGAGAAAUGAAGCUAGAAAUUGGUUCAAUGAGAUGAAAAGUAAAUCAAAAUCUCAAGGUGGUGAUUAUGAUGAUUCUUAUGCUAUUGCUUCUGCAUGGUAUUAUGUAACAUAUGAUUCUAGUUAUUGGGGAUGCUACAAUGAAGGGCUUAGUAAGGAUCAUUUCAUAAGUUUUCCAUGGUGUGUUCAUGAUACUCUUGUUCAGAUAAAGAAGGAUAAAGCCAAUAGUAGAAUUUAUAGAAUGAAGGUUUGGAGAAUGAUGAAAAUGUUUCUCAUCACAUUGAUGUUUUGUGUCUUAUUGUGGAUAAUAAUGCAGUAUAAAUUCAUAUGA